AUGGCCACCAACCAAACGGCAGCCUUCCCGGAGGGGUACGCUGAGGAGUCCAUCAGCGACUCAGUGCUUGUGGUCUCCUGCGUCUUCAUCGUCCUGGAGGUCCUCGUUGUCGGCAUGCGCCUGCUUACGCGCAUGAAGUACCAGACGAAACUAGGUCUCGAUGACUAUCUGAUUCUCCCUGCCCUAGUAUGCAGUCUGGGUAUGUGCGCAGUGGCCAUCGUCGAGAUCAAAGUUGCUGGAGUUGGCCGUCACCUCGCGGUACUCAUCCAGACAGAUAUCAUCGCUGUGCAGAACUGGGCAAAGUGCGCGUAUGCCAUGGAAACGACCUACUGCGCUGCCAUCGCCCUCCCGAAACUCUCUAUCCUGGCUUCCUACCUGCGCAUCUUUACGACGAAGCCUUACCGCUAUUCCACCUACGCCAUCGGGUGCAUUGUUACAGCCACCGCAAUUGCCGGCAUUAUUGCAUCCUUCGCCAUGUGCGAUACGUUUGCAGGACGAUGGGACCUUCUGAAGUUCCCUGGUAACUGCAGGGAUAUCGUCUCGUAUUGGAAGGGCAUGAGCGUCCCCAACAUUGUUACAGAUGCAGUUAUGCUCUUCCUCCCACUGCCUGUAAUUUGGAACCUCCAGAUUCAGACUAAGCAGAAGGUUGCGCUGAUCUUCAUCUUCGCUCUUGGCAGCUUGGGCAUGGUGUCUUCCAUCAUCCGCCUCAAGGUAGCCUUCCGCAUGACAGGACUGGAAGAUGGAACGUGGGAUACCGCCGAACUUGUCAUUUGGUCUGUCGUCGAGGCGGGCUGCUACUUGAUCGCUGCCUGUCUACCAACCCUUCGCCCCCUUUUCAUGAGCGCGGUGAACACUGCCAAAGGCACAGUUGGAUACUCCUCCAAAAAGCUUGGGGUAUCCUCGGGCAGAUCCAACGAUUCUCACCAACUUGCAUCUCUCCAGGGCCGAUAUGAGGAGCAUAACUCGAGCCAGUAUCAGAUCCUGGACGAGGGUCCUCAUCACCAUGUCAGCGUACAGGCAGGGCGAGGCCCACAUCACAAGUAUUCAAGCAAUUUGCCUGUAUAA